GGAAGAUGGCGGCGCGGCGGGGCCCGGGGCCGGUGGCGGCGCUGGCGCUGCUGGCGCUGCUCGGCCCGGGGUGGCCCCUCCGCGGGGCCCGGGCCGCGCUCAACCUGCAGGAGCUCAGCGAGCUCAAGUACGGCCUCGAGAUCCUGGCCGAGCCCGUGCUGGCCGGGCAGCGGCAGGACGUGGUGACGGUGGCGUCCCGCUUCAAGCAGCUCUACGAGUGCCGCCUGCCCCCCGCGGCCGUGGGGCCCCCCCCGGGCCCCCCCCGGGACCCCCGGGGCUACAACGGCUCCGGCGUGGCCGAGCUGCUGCGGCCCAUGGGCACCGCGCCCUGCCUGCUCAAGACCAAGGACUGGUGGACGUACGAGUUCUGCUACGGGCGGCACAUCCAGCAGUACCACCUGGAAGAGUCUGAGAUCAAGGGCGAUGUGCUGGUGCUGGGCUAUUACCAGUCCGCCUUUGACUGGGACGACGAGAGUGCCAAGGCCUCCAAGCAGCACCAGCUGCGGCGCUACCACAGCCAGAGCUACGUCAACGGCUCCCGCUGCGACCUGACCGGGCGUGCCCGCGAGGCCGAGGUCCGGCAGGGCCUCACCCCGCUGUGUGCCCGCAGUUCCGGGGCAGCGGCCCCGGCGAUUAAAGUGGGCGUGGGCGAGCCCGCAGUCGGCGGCCAGUACGUGCUGACCGUGCACACCACGCGCAUCUGCCACCACCCGUUCCUGCGCCCGGCGCCGGGGCUGGCACCGCAGCCCAUCCGCUGCCAGCCUGCCCUGUCGCCCGCCCAGUACGUGCAGUACGUGCGUGCCCAAGUCUCUGACACCAAGAGGAAGGUGGAGGAGAUCUCGGAGGAGCUGCGCACGCUGGACACGCGGCUCUGGAGCGACAGGGACAGCGAGGCCCCAUCCCAGAGCCCCAGGGACACCCAGGAGGGGAACCAGGCAGAGGCAGCCCAGGAUGUGCCAGCUGGGGAGCAGGAGGUGCCAGCCACGGCCAGCGCCCAGCAGGACAGCACCAGGGAGCCGGCGCCGAGGGCAGCCGGCGGUCGGGCAGCUGACCCGCGGAGGAAGAUCCACUUCAAGGUGAUCCGCAGCCCCGGGGACCUGCUGCAGUUCAUCGAGGAGCUCAAGGAGACCACCAGGAAGGCCAAGGAGAAGGCCAGCGAGGAGGAGGAGGAGGAGGAGGAAGCAGCCAAAGCUGCCCCAGCCCCAGCUGGCCCCGCAGAGCCCCCCAGCCCCGAGGCCGUGCCUGGCCCCGAGGCCCCCCCCACGACGGAGGAGGAGGAGGAGGAUGAAGAUGAGGAUGAGGAGGAAGAGGAAGAGGCAGGGCCUCUGCUGGCGGGGCUGGAGCUGCUGCCGCGGGAGCAGGUGGCGAGGCUGAAGGAGGAGGUGAAGAACCAGAUGGAGCAGGAGUUCGACAGCAUCAUCAGCGAGGUGGAGGAGGAGCUGGAGACCGAGGGCCUCAAGGGCGAGUUCGACCGGAGCCGCGCCACGCGCACCCUGGCGAGCACCCUGAGCCGCCUGAUGGAGCGGCUGGACCGGGCCGAGCCCCGCCGCGACCCCGGCGGCCGCAGAGAGGAGCGGGAGGAGCGGGAGGAGGAGGAGGAGGAGGGAACCGCGAGGAAGAGCAGCAGCCCCAGGCCGGCCAAGGACGGGCGGGUGCGGGUGCGGACAGGCCGGGCCGGGGGGAGCCGCGAUGCCCCCCAGGAGAAGCAGGAGCCCCCCCGGGACAAGCAGGAGCCCCCCGGGACAAGCAGGAGCCCCUCCGGGACAAGCAGAGCCCCCCGCAGGGAGAACGAGGUGCGGGAGCUGCUGGCCAAGGAGGGGCUGCGCGCUGAAGGGAAAAUCGAGAUCAAGAUCGUGACGGCGUCGUCGGGGGGCGAGGAGGAGGAGGGGGCGCAGUGGCUGUCGGAGGAGGAUUCGAGGAGCCUGAAGGAGAUUUUCCUCAGCAUCCUGGUGCGGGGGCUCCGAGGGGCGGGGGAGGGGUUCCGAGGGGAGGGGGAGGGGUGGGCACAGGUAGGUGGGCACAGGUGCCAGGUGGGCAGAGGCGGCCGGAAACUGCAGGCCCUGCAGGACAAUUACCGCUUCGUCUGGGGGGGCCGCCAGGAGCCCCCCCCGCCCGCCGACUCCGAGGACCAAGACUUCUGA